UUUUUUUUUUUGCUCCUGUUUCCGAGAAAGAAUGGAACAGAGGCAUAGCCACAAAAGUACACACAAAAGUCGUCAAACAGAUCUUGGUAAUAAACCUAUACAAGAUAUACCUGAUGCACCACUAUUGGAAGAAUCUCAUCAAUACUUGACUCAUUCACAUUCAAAAUAUCUACGGCAGUUGAAGCCUGAACAAUCUCAAUCUCAAGUUUAUGAUCAACAAUAUCAACAACAGGAACGAAAAUACCAUGGUUCUUCUGAUGAUUCAAGAGUUACACCAGAAAUGCUAAUAGUCUCAGCGGACAUCCCCAUCUUUGCUUCCUCUCAUCAACACGGCUCUUUCGCUCGAUCAUCGAACCGCUCCCCUACUCCUACGCAAGCAUCUGCUAUCAUUCUACCCACUCCAGUUGCGACUGACGACAAGGUGUUGAGGCAUUCAACAUUAUCAACCUUGCAAUCCCCUGUCAUGAAAGACCAAACAAGGAGAGGAACAACAAUUGAUCUUUAUGGCUCUCAGCAGCAACGGUUCAGAGAUGGAGAGUAUCCAUCAACUAGUCCGAAGUAUCAUGACGAUCAUCGUCGAAAUGUUCGCUCUAUAGGCCUGGUUGUUGACGAUGACUAUAUGAAACAUAGUAUACAGCCAUCAAAUCAUGAACAUAAUGCUUCUUCCCUUUCUUCUUCCUCUUCUCUAAAGUACCAACAGGGGUCCGGCGUUCUGCAAAGGGAAGCUUCUUCAUCCCUGUCCCUAUCACGACAUCAAAGACCUUCAAAGUCAGACCAAAGUCAUCUUCACAAACAUCUUCUAUACCACUCUACACGCGAGCAAUCAUUUCCUCCAUUUCAUGAUACAGAACUGCUCGAUGGGCAACGAAUCAAAGGAUCUCAAAACUAUAAUCGGCAUAGUUAUUAUAUUGAACAGCAGGAAGUGCAUCAGCAGCAGCAGAAAGACGGACAACCAAAACAGCAUUAUGAUCACUAUUAUUUACGUAGUAAUCAUGGGAGUGGAAGUAAAUCCAGGAGAGAAUCACACUCAUCGACAAGCAAUAUAGAGCAAAGAGACCCAACAUGGGGUAAUAUACAACAAAGUCGCGAUUGGCACGAUGCUCAUCUACAAGAAGAACACCACUACUAUUAUUCAUAUGAUUACUUACGUGGUCAACGCCGUCUAGACAAAGAUACUGUACCUUCAAGUAAAGGUCCGUAUUCGAAAUUAAACCAAGGAAGGCAACAAACAAAUUCAUUUGACACUAUCAAGAGAAGGGCGUCCUACGAUGAUGACGACGAUCAUCUAUGGCAGCGGCAGCGAAAAGAAAAAGUAAUGGACAUCUUGGUUGAUGGUGAUAAGGGGCAAACUCAACGACCAACUCUUCCGAGGCUAUCUUUGCGUAGCUUCGGGGUCAAACAAAAAAGUUUAAAGCAUUACGAACAGGAUGAGCUGAAAGAAGACUCGGAGGGUGAGGAUUCAAAAAAGGGAAAAAAGGAAGUGUAUUAACCUCAUUUUGGGAUAAAGUAGUUCUAAUGAAGUCACCAUCUUUCUCUCUUACCUUCCAAAAAGCCCAAUCCACGCUCUUUAUAGCACAGCGCCAUGAGAGCGUGUCCAAUAUUACCACACCAGCUUUAACAAGCGCUCAAAGACAAUCAACUUUUGCAAACUUCCGAGGAAGCAGCUCAACCCUUUUGAAAGACUCAACCAAUU